ACCCACUCACGAACAAGAAAGAAGAAACGACAUGGCUGGACAGACGUCAGUGUUAUAAUCUCUAGCAGUAGCGCCCAACGAGUCUUGUUUAUUUCAUUCUCGUCUGGUCUGGAAGUGCACAAGGUUUAAACAUGUCUUUUUUCUGGAAGAGUAGUUUAUCGUUCCUCGCUCUGCUUUUUGCAGUCGCCGCGGUCUGCGCCCUGCCUGGAGGUGUCGGGAUGCGUAUGGUCGGAGGUAAAAUGGACGCGGACGUCGGAGAGGAAGGGGUUCAGGAUGCGCUGAAGUUCGCGGUGGCCGAGUUUAACAAGGCCAGCAAUGAUAUGUACGUCCACAGAGUGUGGAAGGUCAUCAGCGCGCAGAAGCAGGUUGUCUCAGGAAUAAAGUACAUUGUGACAGUGCAGAUGGGUCGCACAUCCUGCAGAAAGGGAGGUGCUGAGAAAGUUGAGCUGUGUGCAUUCCAUGAUGUGCCUGAACUGGCUAAGACAUCCACCUGCACCUUUGAAGUUGUGUCUCGCCUCUGGAUUCCAGAAACUAAGCUGGUGAAAAAUACCUGCAAUUAAAAAGCUUAAGUGUUAUCCUUGCUAGAAAUGAUGAUAAAGCAAUAAUAAAGCAAAACUGGCACUAGCAGUAACUUUUGUAGUAGAAUUGUUUACACUUGCACUUAUCAUUCUUGCUGAAACAGAUUCUGUUUUUAAACUGUCAAUUUAUUUUUUAGCUACCGCUGUGCUAUUCAAUUCUGUAACUUUUUUUUUA